AUGUUAGCCAAUAGACCGAUCUUCCCAGGAAAGCAUUACCUAGAUCAACUGAACCAUAUAUUAGGAGUAUUAGGAUCACCUUCACAAGAGGAUCUAGACUGUAUUAUUAAUGAAAAGGCACGCAGUUAUCUUCAGUCUCUUCCAUACAAACCAAAAGUGCCAUGGUCGAAGUUGUACCCGAAUGCGGACCCAAAAGCGCUGGACUUGCUGGACAAGAUGCUCACUUUCAACCCACACAAGAGGAUAGUCGUCGAAGAUGCGUUGGCACAUCCAUAUUUGGAGCAGUAUUACGAUCCAGCGGACGAGCCUGUAGCCGAGUCUCCAUUCAAAUUCGACACGGAGCUGGACGAUCUUCCAAAAGAGCACUUGAAGCGACUGAUCUUCGAGGAAACCAUACUUUACAAGCAACGGCAGCAGACGGAGCAACAAGCGCAACCUCAGCAAUCCAUGAACACUUCAUAGUUAUAUGAGAUCAGUGUUUAAACGGAUGGAUAACGUGUGAGAUUCUGAUUGAGACGAUUUGCGGUUAACCGCAAAAACGCGCUAGUGCUAUGCGAUGUGAACAUCGCGUAAGACAUUUCAUUUAUAUCUAUCUAUGUGUUGAAGCUAAGCGAUAUAACUCUUGAGGUUCAAUCAACAAUUCAAAAAACUGUUAUUUGGCGUCAUUCUAUUUUUCAAAUCAAAUCUAUACUGUAUAAUAAUAGGAUCCGUCAUUCACCUUUAUCGCGUCUGAGUAAAUACCUUUCUUUAUCUGCUGCGCUGGCAGCAGCUUCGAGUUUUACUGAAAGGUCCUGUAGAGCACAUAUGGGAAAUAGCUUUCUGCUUUUGAAAAUGUAUAUUGUAAAGUCCAUUCAAACCUCAUUCGCCCUGCGUGAAAACAAAUACGAGCACGCGAUCGCCACCGCUAUUCACAUUUCGCUGCCUGCUCGGGCAUUUAUCGCCGGCUGACGCGCGAUUUUGAACGUCGCGCGCUGGUGUUUGUUUUAGCGAUGAGCAAAUGAAAUUUGGAAACACAAUAAAUCUCGACGCGUAAAACAAAAGUGUCCAUGGGCCCACGAGUAGUUCCUAGACGUAGGGUCCCCAAGUUGGGUUGUCCCUAAUCUAUUACAGCGAAUUCCUGGUAAAUUGUUUCAGAAUAUACUUUGUGCUACUGUGUAACAAUUUCAGCGGUCGUAAUUGUUUGACGUACCCUUUCCAAACGUUCGGACAUAGAGUGAUCCUUCUGGAACGUCAAAAGUGUACUUUUCCUCCCGCAAGGGAAUAAGAGUGUUGUCAAUCUCAUUAUUGGUUAUCAAAAAGUGCUAAAAAGUGGCUCAAUAUAAAGGGUUUUCCAUUAAGCACUUGACAACUUUUUUUAAAUAAAACUCAAACCAUUUGAGAUAUCUUGAGGAUUUUAUUAUUGGAUUGAAGUAUACUCAUAACGUUUAUGUAUGGAAUUCGACCUCGUUCAUAUGUCCACCACGGGCACGUUCGCAGCGAUCGAUUCGUUGAACCCAAUUUGCAAUAACUCUGCCACAUAUUUCGACGGAAACGGCCGCUACCUCUCGUUCAGUAUUUUCUCUGAGCUCCUCUAACGAUGCCGGCUUGUGUGCAUCGACGAAUGAUUUAAUGUAGCCUCACAAAAAAAGUCUAGAGGUGUUAUACCACACGAUCCAGGCGACCAUUCGACAGGACCGUUAUCGAUAUAUCACGUUCACCGAAUUUUGAUUUCAAUAUGUCGAUUGUUUCACCCGCUGUGUGGCUUGUGGCGCCGUCUUGUUGAAACCACAUAUCAUUAAUGUCUAGCCCAUCCAGGUGACCAAAAAAAUAACGUUGCAACAUGUCUGUUGACUGUAACGUGAAGGUCAUUUUCAUCAACGAAAAAAAAAACUGCCCAAUGACACCACACCGUAUAGUUAUUUUUUGUGAAUGAAGUGAUGUUUCUUGAAGAACAUGAGGGUUUUCACCUGACCAAUACGAGGGUGGUCCCAGAAGUACCCAACCCAACGAAGAAAACACAAAAAUUUUGAAAAAAAAUUAUUUAUUUUUCAACAUAAUCUCCUUUGAGCUCUAUACACUUUUACCAGUGAAGUUCGAUACCCUUUUUAUAAUAACUGUUUUUUCAAGUUUGGAAACAUAAAAUAAUCCGAGGGGGCUAAAUCUGGUGAAUAGGGUGCAUGAGGUAGCAAUUCAAACUUUAAUUCGUUAAUUUUGGCCAUUGCAAUAACGGAUUUGUGAGCUUCGCUAAACACUCAAUUGAAACAUCUUUUUGCUCAAUUGUGCUUUCUCAUGUCCAAAUUUUCAGAUAAUAUUCGAUGAACCGUACUUCUUGAAAUGCCUACUAUGUCUGCUAGCUCGCGCACUUUCAGUCGACGAUCAUUCAGUACCGCUUUGUGAAUUUUCUUCACCAUUUCUGGAGUCGUCGCCUGAUUUGGUCGAUCACUGCGAUGCUCGUCUUGGCAGCUCAUACGGCCUCGUUUAAACUCUGCUACCCAAUAUUUUACUGUUGUAAACGAAGGAGCAGACUCACCCAGACUAGAAUCCAGUUCAGCUUUUAUAUUGGUUGGGCUGAGGCCUUUGAAAUAAAAGUAUUGUACCACAUAACGAUGACCAAUUUUCUCCAUUUUCACAAAUUUACUGAAAACGUUCAGUAUUGAUGACUGCCAAACAAAUACUACACAAUGUGGCGUCUUCAAACUUGACACAUAUGCUUUAUAGGUUGCAUACUUUCCAAUACAAUGAUAUUUUUCAAACAACUAUCGCCAUCUCUAGGUCAGGUCGGGUACUUCUGGGACCACCCUCGUAAUGCAUAUUCUGUUUGUUGACGAAGCCGUUUAGCCAAAAAAUGCGCCUCAUCCCUGAAGAUGAUUUUGCGAUGAAAUUGAUCAUUUUCUUGCAACAUUUCUAGAGCCCAAUUCGAGAACGUAAGUCGGUUCAUGCGAUCGAACGGCUUCAGUUCUUGAGUUAACUUGAUCUUAUAAGGGUGCAGGCCAAGAUCUCUUUGCGAAAUUCGCCAUAGCGUCGACUGAGCGAUGCCCAAUUCUUGAGAACGCCGUGUUCUGUUCUUUUGCAACGGAAGCUUGAACGGCAGCAAUAUUAUCGGCAGCUGUUGACUCACUGCCACGAGAACAUCGAGCAGCGAAUAUGUGAACUCAAUUUUUUUUACUAGACUAUGAAUUGCUAGUCUACUGGAACGAGAAUUACGAGCAAAAUUAGCGUUAACGCUCUUAAAGUUGCAGUCACCGACUCGGAAUUUCGUUAGUAAAUUUUAAUUAUUUGUAAGAGUUGUUCGUUCGUGUACUUCACCAUGAUGAAAAUGUUUUCUUCACUGAAUGUUUUGACAUUGACAGUUCGGUAACUGAUUUAAAGGUGCGUUCACAGUGAAAGUUCAAAGUUGUCAAGUCCCUGUUGGAAAUCCGAUAUAUUUUCCCCGAUAAAUGGGCUAUCUCGUAUCCAUAGCGUUUUUUAUAAUAAAAAAACGGUCGCAGAACACGUGGUUAGAAAUUAGUGGUCUGUCGCCCAGUGUCAUUACAUGGCUCUGUAAUAAUUUAGACGUUCUAAAGAUAAAGUUACACAGUAUUCCAAAGUAAAAUUCCAUCUGUGUGUGUCCCAAACUUCCGUGGUCGAAAUAUUAUACCUAGACAUAAAGUUUAAAAAAACUGUGCACCGCACUUGCAAUGUGGACAACUUGGAGGUGCUAUAUUUCGGAAACAACUCGUAGAAAGACUGGGCCCAAUUUUAUUAUACAGGAUGUUCGAAAAAUUGACGUGGAUAUUUAAGAUGGUGAUUCCUUGUUUAAAAAUAUGAAAAAAACUUUCUAUGAACAUGGGUCCGGAAAUGCAGUUUUCAAGGUACAAGGUGAUUGAUACAUUCAAAAAAAUACAAUAUCUUAACCCUUAAACGGUCGAUGUCUCUCCUGAGAUACGGUCACAUGGUACUGGCAUGUAUUUAAAAACCCAUUAAAAUGUAGCGAAUUGGGCAGUGUAUAGUGUGAGAUACAUUCACUAGUUAAUAAAACAACAAAUACUAAAGUUCCAAAAAGGGCAGUGGCGUACAUUCUUUUGCCAAUAAUAUUCGCUAAGGUGCCUCCGGGGUGCCACUGAACAUAAUAGUUUUAAUAUAUUUAGGGCUAAAUUAUCAUCUUAAUUCAACAAAUAAUAUUGCAAAAUUUCAACUGAAAUCCAGUAAAUAUGUUUUAAGCAUCUGAAAAUACAACUUCUUUGCCUCUUGUAUUUUUGGGUAUCUCACUUCGUUUUCGAGAACCAAAAUUAAAACCGUUUUAUUGCAUGUCACUAGACAAAAUCGGUUUAUUAAUUUUUGAUAACAAAAUCACAAGUGCCUUGGAAAACAAAAAAUCAAGAAAAAUGUCCAGGAAAUAAUGUACAGUACAUCAAGUGUUGGGAAUGUUCACCAUCCUUUUCGGUACACCUUACACGACGAAUCAUUGAACGACGAACUCGAGCUAAAAUUCGAGGUCUAUUAUAUCUUCGCAACCAUUGUCGAUUUUAUUUCUCAAUUCUUCUAUAGUCUCUAUGGGAGUAGCGUAAACCAUCGCAUUAAGGUGUCCCCAUAAAUAAAAAUCUAGUGGAUUUAAGUCAGGGGAGUGGGGUGGCCAGUGGAUUGGUCCAGCUCUUCCAACCCGAUUUUCACCAAAGGUGUGAUUCAGAUGAGUUUUGACAGGUAUACUAAAAUGCGGAGGAGCUCCAUCGUGCAUUAAAGUUAUUUGGUUACGUACAUUUAGAGGAACUUCUAGCAGAACUUGUUGAAGACACUCUAAUUAAGAUUCGCCGUUUAAUCUUAAGGGUAAAAAGAAAGGCCCAAUUAAAUUGUCACCGUCCACCACCCAUCCACACAUUUAAAGAAAAUUGUUCCUGGUAGCGACAUUGUUCGUAAGCAUCAGGUUUUUCUUCACUCCAUACAUGAUUGUUAUGGUAAUCAACAUACAAUCCUGCUUCGUCCGUAAACAGUAUGGUUUUAUUAAAAGUCCUAUUAUUAUCAACCUUUUGGUAAUACCAUUGGCAAAACUGCAAACGAGGUAGAAAAUCUUUUGGUAAUGCUUGCACACGUUGGACAUGAAAGGGUACAAAAGAAGACCCUGCCACACAGUGCUGUUGGAAAGAUUACGCCCUAAUCUAGUUGCUAUAGUCCUGGUACCGAUACCAGUAUUUAAAUAACAUUAUUGUCAAAAACAUCACCAAAAAGAAAUAAGAAAAUGUAUCUCUUUCCCGUAAUCUACGGCCUGUGCUUUCAAGGCUUCGACUAUCUGGAAGUUGCCGAUUGGGAAAUGCUUCUGCAUACAGGCGUCUCGCUCCAUAACAGUUACUAUAAGCACGUGUAUACAUUACAUACAUGUCUGCCAUUUCCUCAAAAAUGUAAAUUUAGAGAAAUUUCGCAAAUAAAAUUACGUGAAUAAUUCUUUUCUAGACGAACUGACGCAGACGUGGAUGUCAAAUCUCUAUGCAGAAAUGAUUUUUUGUUUUCACAGGCACUUGGUUUGUUGUUGCAAAAAAUUAAUAAACCAAUUUUGUCCAGUGACAUGCAAUAAAACUGUUUUUAUUUUUUUCUCGAAAACGAAAUGAGAUAUGAAAAAAAGAGGCAAAGAAGUUGUAUUUUUAGAUGCUUAAUCAAACAAAAAUAUUAAAGUCUUUUUUCCAAUAAUAUCCGCUAAAGUGCCCUCCCAGGACGCCACUAGACGUAAUAAUUUAAUCUAUUUAGGGCUAAAUUAACCUCUUAAUACAAAGAAUAAUAUUACCAAAUUUCAACAGAAUCGAAUAAAUAUUUUUUUAAAUUAAUAAUUUUUUUUCAAUUUAUCACACUGUAUCUUGAAUACUCUCCAUUUCCGGACACAUGUAUACAGCAACUUUUAUCAUAUUUUUUAACACGGAAUCACUCUCCGUGUAUUUUUUCGAACACCCUGUAUUGCAGUUAAUUUUCUUACACCCUAAUGACGUAAUCUGUGCUAAAUCGUCUUAUGCGAUAUGUGAUUUUGAAUGCACUUCAAGAGUUUAUUAUUAUACUGUGAAUAUUUGUAGUAUUGGUUCAGUUUGGAAGGACAGUUCUUCCACAAUGAAAUUUCAAUCGAUACAUGAUCACAAUGAAUUCUUACUGUUUGUACUAAACCUGUGGCAUCCGUAAGCCAGAGGAUGUUUGAAUAUUACACAAAUUUCAAUGGCUGGCAAAAAAAUAUCACCGGUCAUUUUUUUAUAGUGGGAAUGCUCAAAUUUACAAAAUUGGAAAAAUCCAAAUGUGGUAGGGAACUCAACUUUUUUUGUUAGUUCGCAAAUGUUGAUAUCUUGUAAGUAGGUUCCCGUUUAAUUUGUGGCGUAUUCAUAUUUUUAAAGAAUAAUAUCAGUAAUUCAGAAAACAUUUUAAACACAUCCUCUGGUCAAGGAUAAUAAUAUUAAUCAUGAGGUCGAACGUUUUGUCUCUACAUAAAACUCCUGUUGAGGUAAAAAUAUAUGCUGAAAUGCUAGGGAUUUAUAAAAAAUGGUCAUGUAAUAAGUCUGUAGGAGUUACAUUGAUUUUCCAGUAUUAGGAAAACUGGUACCAAAUAUUCAUUCAAUCAAUUUUGAAUGAUUCAAUUGAUACUUAUUUUAAGCCCUGUGUGGGGUCAUAUACGUUAUAGAUGCAGCCAAAACGUCUAAAUGUUCCUUUGAUUCAUUGAUUUUUACUCGGCGUUAGUGAGAUUACAUUGAAAUUACGGAAGUUUUACUAUCACAACAUUCCAAUUUAUUAUUUUUGCCCUGAGACACCUGGCCUGAUCUAGUCGACAAACUCAUUGCAAAUUCAAGUUGUUAAGUUUGUAUCUCAAUACUAAACUAUUAAAAAGGCGUGUUGUAUCAACAUGAUGGUAACACUAGCAUAACUUACUUGUGGAUGUAAAGGUGGUUACAGAACAAGCAAAGAAGAGGUAUACCAAGAGAGGACACUGCGCAAAAUGUCUUUGAAAUUUACUGGUCGCUUUCAUUGACUUUGUCCCUUUAAAUCGGUUUGACACUGCAUUACUUGUUGUCUACAUGUUUUACGACAAGAACAGAUUCGUAAAGGGUGGCCCAACAAAAAGGUCGCACCCCAUUUGUGACUCUCCUGGUAUAUUUUGGGAAAAACGCUCGGACAUGUCAAUUUUGAUUUCUAGCGAGUUUUUUUGCCUUAUCAUUGAGUGGCCUCAUCCACAUUUUUCUAAGAACAUUUCACUCAUCAGUCAUUUAAGUUCAAUUAACUGAAUGUGGUUGCUAUUUUCAAAUUUGAGUUUGGCUCCUGAUGAUGAUAUCAUAGCCUAUCUAUCGAAAGCUUGAGAAUUCAGUUACAAGAGUACAUUUUGCAAAAUUUUCCAUUCUUCCACCUAACUAGUUAUUGACGACAAUGUCUCACCUCCAUUUGUGACUCUCGGGCAAUUCAAUUUUGUUUUCUAGGGGGACGUCUUUUCACCUAUAGCUGGACAAUACAGGGUGAUCCAAAAACAAGAUAUUGCGUUACAUUUUAGAUUUUCAAAUGGAACCCCGCAUUUUUUUAAUUUUCAGAUUCUCCAUAAAGUUUUUAGUAACUUUUGUAUAAUAAAGCUUAUACCUAGCUUAAUCGUUGUGAAGCUAUUUGAGUUUAUAAUAAAAUUCGAGAAAUUGUGAAAAUUGACGUGUCCGAGCGUUUUUCCCAAAAUAUACCAGGAGAUUCACAAAUGGGGGUGCGACCUUUUUGUUGGGCCACCCUGAAUAUGAGCGAACGGCUAAAAGUGUUGACGAACCGAAAAAGACGGAAUCUGUAGGUAAUGUCGUUGAAAUUCAGUAGAUUCAAGGGCAAAAUCGGUAGGAGGAAAGAGCAAGGCCAUCGCAAGAUCAGCGGUGGAUCAAGGGCCUUUUCGUCACGCAGCGCCGUCUAUGAAAGAAAAGUAUUGCACGCACACACACCACAGGUUUUUUCCUGAAUAAAUAUCAACUUCUUUAUAACUUGUACUGGUCGUUUUUCAAACUCCUUUGCAGCCAUCCUGGAAGCACCUUUUCUCAUUCUUGUUGAUAAGAUUGUGAAUAUUUCUAUGUGUUACCUAUGAGCUUGACACCUGACAUUUCAAUUUGAUAUUUAAAUCAAAACAAACGAGAUUUUGUUUCCUUUUUGCUUGUCCGGUGAUAGAUAAUGACGGUGAUGACACAAAAACCAAUACAGAGGAAACGGAGUAAGAGUGCCUGCAUAAUUACAGGGUGUUUCAGAACUAAGGGAUCGAACUGCUAGGGGUUAUUCAUUAUUCAGUGUAACAGUAGAAAAGAUUUGAGUAUAGGGGCCCAUAUCCGGAAAAGUGUCACUACGGCCCUAAGACGCGUUAAAAUUUAGAAAGACGAUGAAUUGCCUAAAUAGGAUUUAAUGCAUUUAAUUUUUGCCUUUUGUACAUGAUAUCAUCACAACAAUUGUUCAAAAUGUGGCGUUUCUUGGAGGAACUUCUUCCAGAUGUAUUGUCUCUUUAAUUCGUUUGGCCAAUCUAUCUUUUUAUAAUUUUAUUCUCCUUGUCUAUCUUCUCUUGGUAUGCGAGGGCGGAUCAAUAAGUCGGUGAAUUUUUGGAUUAAACACAGGUUUUUGACAAAAAAAACAUCUUAUUUCUCAACAUAAUCUAAUAUACAACGUUUCUGCAAUUUUUUAUCUAUCCAAAAAAAUAAGAUUUGUCGAGCUCCUCAUAAUAGGUAUUUGUCAAAUGGUUUCACCGUUGGCGUCAAAUCUCUUUCCGCCGAGCCAUUUCUUUGAGUUUGGAAACAAGAAAUAGUCACUUGGGGCUAAAUCCGGAGAAAAAGGUGGAUGAGGGAGCAAUACAUAGCCCAAGUCAUGCAAUUUCGCCAUGAAGACUGCAGAUGUGUACAUUCUUGCAUUGGCUUGUGGAAAAGAACUUUGUUCAUGGUCAACAAUGGUCGUUUUUUCUUCAAAUGUCGGUGAAUGUGUCGUCCAAUGAGCUGGCAUAAUAUUCGCCAUACAUUGUUCUGCCCUUUUGAAGGUAAUCAAAGCGGAUUAUACCGCGUACAUCCCAAAACACGAUCGCCAUGUGUUGAGGAUAGGUAAGCAAAACAAUUCAACUCGCAGUGGUCUUCGGUUCAGAACAGUUUAUUGAGUACUUGUACAUGAAUGUGUAGAUACGCGACAGGUGUAUACCGGGCUUCCGCGAUCCGCGCGCGUGCGUUGGCUGCUGUUGUUCUUCAACUGCAUCCUACGACUGACUCCUUACGACUGAGUGCAUUGCAUAGUGCAUUCCUAGUGCGGCGCGCGUGGACCGACGGCUGUUACAAUUUUCAAGGUUAGGCGACGUGUCUGAUCGUCUCGCCAGUAGCGGCGUGGCAGGGUGACGCUAGUACGCGUUCCAUCACCAUGACUUCAUUUUGGCUGACAAACCGACCUUGGCCUUCGGCGUCGAUUCGCCCGAAGAAACCCACCGUUUUGACUGCUGCUUGGUCGCCGGUGCUGGGGGAUCAUGUUUCGUUUCACGAAAUGGUGCAAAAACACUCGGAAGUUGUCACAUGAUUGCGUUAUAGAUUUCUCAUACCCAAGUGAUCAUUCGAAAUCGGAAUCACUGAGCCAAGUGAUUCGCCUAUGGCUUCCACAAUCUCCCACACUUUCAAUCUUCGAUUCGGCCAAUACCAUACCUUUUACUUUAAUUUUUUUGGGUGUAGAAAGCUCAACUUAGUCUUGCUUUGAGUGGUUGGUUUUUCCACAAAAAGUAAUGCUAAAUAAAUAAUGCAACGUCUGACAAACACGAACUAAAUGACGCAUCUUGUUCAACAUUUGACAGGAGUCAACUGAUAGAUACUUGUUGGCAAUUCAAAAAGUCACGGACUUAACUGACCCACCCUCGUACCUCCUCUUUGGAUCAAGUACAUGCUUUGUUCCAUAAAGUACUCAUUACAAUUUGCGUUUUUGUUGUAAAACUUUUUGGGGUGCAUUUCUUAUGCGACCCAUGGAUAUUUUGCUCACUAGAUCGUUUAUUGCUUACCCACGUGUCCUCUCUUGCCUGGACGUUCACUUUGCUUGUACCAGUAAAAUGUUGUUCAAGAAGGUAUGCUUCAUAGACCCAGGCACAUUUCUUUUACUGUUGCUAUCUAGGCCAGGAAAUAGGUAUUUUUUUCCUACAACAGUAAAGUUUUUUGAUGGUAUGGAGCUUUUGCCGCCAUUUUUUUAAACGCGUUUGAUCGAAUAACUAUCGAUCCUCUGUGAAAAAGUCAUGAAGUAAAUUCUUGACCAUUUUGCUUUUUGGAAAAUUUGCGGUUUACUCAACAUUACGAGAAAUUUAAGGGUAAAGGUACAUGUAUUGAUAUUUGCUCUUAUAUUGGUUAAAAUAACAACCUAACCAUAGAAAGACUACUAUCAUUUUAUUAGAGAAUAAAAUUUUCCUCAAGAAACGUUUCUUCCAUUUUUUCUAUAAAAUUGAUGAUUAUCGAAUGACAAGACGCGACAGUUGAAGAACUGUGAUUUUUCCGCGGCACACUUAUACGUUAAGCUCAAUACCAUCAUCAUGCUUUUUAUGCACAUAAGUGAAAGCAAUAAUUUUGCGAUAAAUAUAAUGUUUGCGCAGUUGAUAUCUAUCACUUUCUUGGGGAUUUUUUUGUAACAAAAAUUCUGAAGGAUUUUUGCCUCGUCUAAGAAUUUUUCUUUUUUAAUGCAUCAUUCAGUGAAUUUAGAACAAUAAACAUUAAUCGUAUCAAGAAGAUUAUAUCAAAAUUGAAAUCAAAUCAAAAUAAGAAUGAGAUUUUGUCUAAAUGGGUAUUAAUGAAUGUUUUGAUAUUAUUGGAUCGAAAAUAUUAAUAAUAAUAACUUACAUUUUAAAAUAUGGCGAAUUUCCAACAAAACUGGUGUUCUACCAUACUCCCGUUUCGAAAGUUUAGAAGUUGUUCAACAAUAGGAUUUUAACCAAAUUUCAAGCUGGAUUCAGGAAGAAACACUCGACUGAAACGGCAAUACAAAUGGUUUUAGAAGGCUGGAAAAGGUGUAUAUAAAACAUACAGUGACAGUGUUUUUGGAGUUCAAAAAGGUGUCUGAAACUAUUGACAGAGAUACAUUACUUAGAAAAUUGUAUCACUAAGGAUCUGCAUUCAAAAUUUUACAAAACAAUUGGCAAACAAAAUUGGAUCUACACUAUCUAGCUCACAAAAUAUUUCUGUUGUUGUACCACAAGGUAGGUAACUAGGUCCACUACUAUUUAUUUUAUGCAUUAAUGGCAUUUGUAAUAUUUUAGAUAAAAUUCAGAUAUUUGGAGAUGACACAUUAAUGUACAUAUCAGAUGAACAUAUAGACACUGCGUUAAAAAUGCUAAAUUCUGAGUUGCCAAAAAUUGAUUAAUGCAAUUAAUGCUUCUUAAACAAAAUGUAUGAUAAUACAGAAAUACCUAUAUGAAAAUACUAUCACAGUUAGGAUAAAUGGCGAAAUAAUUAAUAAUGUUGAAUCAAUUAAAUAUGUUGAAUCAAUUACAAUAUUUGGAAAACCAAAGAUUGAGGAUCUUUAUUUCAAAAAUGGCGGCAAAACCUCCAAGCCUAGGCUGACGCAAAUUUACACUCAUCAUUAGUAAGCGUUAAUUUAACGAUACCUUAAAAAAUUUUACUGUCGCCGCAUACUAAAUUUAUUAUUUUAUUAUUUCUUGACCGUAUCUGUCUGGUUUUCACCACACCACUUACUCUUCAAGUGAGGAUAGCAGUAUUGUGGUGCCAUCAUGUUUGUAUUAAUGUGUAGUACUUUAAGGCUAAAUAUUUUAACCUUAAAUCAUGUGCAGAAGCCUUAUACAAGAAGUGAUCUCCGCAUGUGUGUAAUUUUAACAUUUAUUUAUUAUUAUAUUUGUUAUUUAUUACCAUUUUGGAUAUGUAUAUAUUUCUUAUGCUGGAUGAAUUUGGUGGGCAAAAAUGGAGGCAACAUAUUGCAAAAAAAAUCGAAAGUGGUUAACGAUGUGUCAACAAAAUACCAAAAAAUUGAAUGUCGCCAUGUGUAUUAACUUGUAUUUGAAAAACUAUUCUCUUUAAAUGUGACAGAUGACCAUUUCUUUUGGCAUGUGCACCAUACACAUUCUCAAAGUCUAUUGAAACCUCAGUGUAUCGAAAAAUAUUUAUCUUUUAUGUAUAAUAAAGGGUAAACUACUUUGAUCUCACCACUAUCAAUCGUCAACUUUUUACAGUUCCAAGAUAAGUGCCAUUAACCUUGUACAAAUGGGUAUCUUUGUUACAUAAAAUAAAAGAAUGGUCAUCGGUCUUUAACCAACUUUCUUAUAGCUUAAAGAAUAUAAACAGUCUAUAUUGCUGAGCUAUUCCUUACAUCUUGAGUCGAUGCUGUGAACCAAAAAGGAA